GGAAGAGGGGCGGGGCGUCGCCGGCGAGGAGGCUGCAUACGGGCCUGCUUCGCGCGGGGAGAGGCGUCCUUCCUCCUGCUUCCCCCCUCCUCUCUUGGCUUCGCCCGCCAGGGGUGGCUGCUGCGAGCGGAGGGAGGGAGGGGUGUCCGUCCGUGAGGGCGGCAGUGAUGCUCUCCGCUCCGCGGCGCCGGCGGUGUGGGGCGGGCCUGUCGGGUUCUUGAGGCGGCGCUGAGAGACACCUUCCGCAGCCACCAUGCCGUGCACCUGCGGGAACUGGCGGCGCUGGAUCCGGCCUCUGGUGGCCACGCUCUACGUGGUGGGGCUGCUGUUGGCCGUGCCGCUCUGCGUGUGGGAAAUGCAGAAGCUGGAGGUUGGAAUCCAUACCAAGGCAUGGUUUAUUGCUGGGAUAUUUUUAUUGAUGACAAUACCAAUAUCUCUUUGGGGAAUAUUGCAACAUUUAGUUAAUUAUACUCAACCUGAAUUACAGAAACCAAUAAUAAGGAUUCUAUGGAUGGUGCCAAUUUACAGUCUAGACAGCUGGAUAGCAUUGAAAUAUCCCAGUAUUGCAAUCUAUGUGGAUACUUGUAGAGAAUGCUAUGAAGCGUAUGUCAUCUAUAACUUCAUGGUCUUCCUUUCAAAUUACCUGACCAAUCGGUAUCCAAAUCUAGUGUUAAUCCUAGAAGCCAAAGAUCAGCAAAGGCAUCUGCCACCAUUGUGUUGCUGUCCACCAUGGGCUAUGGGAGAGGUGCUGUUGUUCAGGUGCAAGCUUGGUGUUUUGCAGUAUACAGUAGUCAGACCAUUCACCACUAUUAUUGCUUUAAUAUGUGAAUUGGUUGGUGUAUAUGAUGAAGGAAACUUUAGCUUCAAAAAUGCUUGGACCUAUUUGGUUUUUUUCAACAAUAUCUCCCAGCUUUUUGCCAUGUACUGCCUUGUGUUGUUCUAUAAAGUACUGCGGGAAGAACUAAACCCAAUCAAACCUGUAGGGAAAUUUCUGUGUGUAAAGAUGGUGAUUUUUGUUUCUUUUUGGCAAGCUGCACUUAUUGCAUUGUUGGUGAAAGUCGGUGUUAUCUCUGAAACACACACAUGGGAAUGGAAAAGUGUUGAAGCAGUGGCAACUGGUUUACAGGAUUUUAUUAUCUGCGUGGAGAUGUUCUUUGCUGCAAUUGCUCAUCACUACAGUUUUUCCUACAAACCUUAUGUGCAGCAAGCUGAAGAAGGAUCAUGCUUUGAUUCUUUUCUUGCAAUGUGGGAUAUUUCUGAUAUCAGGGCAGAUGUAACUGAACAAGUUCGCAAUGUUGGAAGAACAGUUUUUGGUCAGCCAAGAAAAAUGUUUUUUGGUGAAGAUUAUGAACAGAAUGAACAUACAAGUUUGCUGUCAUCAUCCACCCAGGAUCCAAUUUCUACUGCUUCUUCAGUACCAUCAUCACCUGUGGGCCACUAUCAAGGGUUUGGACAUACGUUGACUCCAACAAUGCCUCCUGAACCAGUAUCUGAUGGCUUGUGUAAAUCAGCAGAAGAGAGUGAGAAUCCUCCAACAGAGAAGCCUCUGGAUGAAAGUUAGAAAACUCUUUUCGCAAAUGUUUUGGGAUUUGCCUGGAUGCUGCUCCUAUGUUAGUUUUUUGGGCCUUGGGGACCUCAUUCUUCCCAGGAGGUCAGCUGCACCAAGCAGCACAUAAAUCAAAACAGAUAAUGGAAUUUAAUUUUAAAUGGGAAAUUUCUGUUCUAUCAUUGAAAGAGCGUAUUGGUGCCAGACAUACAAUUAAAUUAUUGCAGUAAGUUGAGUAGCCAAUGCUGCUUGGUUCAAAAACCUGCCUCUGGAAUUGGAGUGAGGUAGAAAGUUCCUGAUGUUGACUCCCCCCCUCAAAGUAAUUGCACCAUCCCAGAAUACUGUCUCCUCAGCAUGCCAGAAUUGUUGCUGAGCUGCUGGAGACCUUAGCUGGAGCAGUAAAUUAAAGCAUUCUUUUAACAAUACUGGCAUAUAUGUGCCACAGUCCAGUUAAGCAGAAGAAACAGAUUUAGGGGAUGCACGGGGUGAGGUGG